UCAACAAUUCCCGCGGAAAGUUUUUCGCAAUCGUAAUUCGCAUGUCGUGUGAAUGUAAAAUUCUAUAACAAUUUAUUACAAUCGUGAGAUGUAAUUCAGAUUAAUUAUUAGUACUUUAUUCAAUUCAAUUACAUAUUUGCGUUCUUUUCAAUAGACUUUACUGCCCGCGUUUGGUAAGUAAAGGUAAUUUUCUUUCCUGUGAUCAAGUGUUUCACGGUGUUCAACGGCUGCUGUAAACACAGCACAUGUUUGUUGAUUAGCAGCUACAAAGUUUUCAAUUUCUAUCAAUAUCGAAGUGAUCCGGUAGCCUUGAGAAUUGUUUAAAAUGUCAUCAAUCGAUCGGCUACUUUUGCAAGGAAUUCGUAGCUUUGGACCAGAUGAUAGAGACAAACAAGGGAUCAAAUUCUCGACUCCGUUAACUCUAAUUUUGGGUCAAAAUGGAUGUGGUAAAACUACUAUAAUCGAAGCCCUAAAAUACGCCACAUGUGGCGAAUUACCUGUUGGUGUAGAUCAAGGAAGCGGAUUUCUUCACGACCCGAAGUUAUGUGGUUGCAUCGAUGUUAAAGGACACGUGAAGUUGAAAUUUAAGGAUGUCAAAGGAGAAGAAAAUACAAUUGCUCGUACUUCCUCAGUCACUCAAAAAGCUAAAACACUUGUAUUCAAAACUUUAGAUACGACACUCACCGAUGCUCAUGGAAAAAGUAUCAGUACUCGCUGCAAUGACAUAGAUUCUUGGAUGAGUAAUGCCCUUGGAGUUUCCAAAGCUGUCCUUACUAAUGUUAUAUUCUGCCAUCAAGAAGAUUCCGCUUGGCCCCUGGAAAAAGGUAAAAAAAUGAAAGACCGGUUCGAUGCGAUUUUUGGAAUAACUGAGUAUAAUAAAUGUCUCGAUUAUAUGCGUGUGUUGGCUAAAAAGUAUGAAGGAGAGAGAGCAUUGGCUAAAAAGGAUGUUGAUCUCGACGAAGAGAUAUGGAAGGAAACCGAAAAGAAGAAGUCUAAGCUGGAAAGUCACAAAGCGAGUUUAUGUGCCAGUUGUGACGAAGUAGCCAAAAUAGAAAACGAACUGGCACCAUUAAACAGCACAUACAACGAGAUUCUCGAGAAAGAGAUGAACUUGGGCAAUCAUCUUGGAAAGAUUCGAGCAAUGAAGGAUAAACGAGAUUUUCUGAAAGAAAAUCAGCGAGACCUGCAGAAGAAAAUCAAAAAUGAAUUUCCCGGCACUACGCAAGAGCUACAAGCAAAACUUCAAAAUUUUGAGCAGGAUUUAAGAAAUGAGAAAGCCAAACUGGAAACAUUACAAGGAGACAGGGAUUUAGUGAUUAGAGAAGAAGAACGCCACCAAAAGAAUAUCGGCGCGAAACAAACGACGUUGGGAACUCUUCAAAAUGAAAAAGAUCAAAAUGAUCAAAGAGUUGGAAACAGGAAUUUAUACAUGAAUAAGCUCGCCGAUGAACUGAAACUUACUGUCGUAUCGAGCUGUGACAUGAAUCAAGACAGAGCUUCCCAAUUGUUGGAAUCAAUCGAACAAAAACUGAAAGAAGAAAAUCGAACUUUAGACAAAAUGCAAGAAGAAGGAGAGCUUGAGGAGGAAAAACUUCAACACGAAAUAUAUUUAGUUCGCGAAAAGAAGACCAGUAUGGAGCACGAAAUUAGAGUUAAACGAAAAAAUAUCCAAGAUAACAAAGACGAAACUAUAAAGAUAAAAAAAAGAAUCGAAGAUGUUGAUAAAUCAGCCCAAACGCUUGCUGCAUUAGAAAAAGAAUUGGCCAAAAUCGAUAAAGAUUUAGAAGAAGUUACGAAAUCAUUGGACGUGAACGAACAUAAUACUCGUGUCAGUGAAAACACUUCUAAAAGAAACCGAUUGGAAUCCAAAUUAACCGAACUUAGCGAAGAAAUAAAAACGUUACAAAAAUUCAGCAUUUUGAAAGCAAACUUGGAUCAGUUGUUGGAUAGGAAACGUAAACAAGAAACUACUUUCAAUGAAUUAAAAGAGAAAAAUAGCAACUCUCUAAAGCAUUUACUGAAUGAAGUGCCUCAAAAUAAUUUCAAAAAGACAGUGCAAGCACAUCUUGAUAAACUUUCCUCUGAUGUAAAAACGAAAGAAAAACUCAUCUCUGAUAAAGAGACGCAGCUCGUAAUUCUGAAAGAGAAAAAACGCAAUUUGGAUAAUCAACUUUUGUUAAAAAAACGAAAAUUGGCCGAUGAUGAAGAUCGCAUUGCCGAUUUCUGUGGCGAUAACGACUUCGAGACAUUCCUGAAACGAGCGGAAGAAAAACUCUGCUCCGCACAAGAUUCAAAAGGAACCAGCAGUGCGUCUCAGUUCAUGUAUAAAAGAUACUUAGAUAAAUUAAAUUCGGAAAAUCCCAUUUGUCCUACAUGUCGCCGAGAUUUUAGUAACGAAGAUGAAAUUCGUCUUGUCGUCACCGAUUUGAAUAAACGAUUGAAAACGUUACCGGAUCAAAUUGCUCAAGCCGAAAAAGAAGUCAAAGAAGCGAUUGAACAACAAAAUCGAGCGGUGCAGUUACAAUCAGUUUAUGAAAAUAUAUCUCAAAUCAAAAAAGAUGAAUUACCUAAGUUAAAGAAAGAGGUUAACGACAUUAAAGUAAAAAUUGAUGAAUUGGAAUCGGAACUUCAAACUUUGCGAGAUGAAUUGACGGCGCCUUCAACAGAUCAGGCAAUAGCUACCGGUCUCCUAUCGGAUUGUACAACAUUGGAUCACCUUUAUCAAGAAUUGCGAAAACUUCAACAAGAUAUAGAAACACAAGAACAGAAAAUUCCAGUUUCUAAAACGAAUAAAACCAUGCAGCAAGCGCAAGACGAAGAAGAUGAUUUCAAAGCGCAGCUGAAUGUUUGUCGAAUGGAAUUGGAAAAUUCUCAGAGUGCUUUGUCCAAGUAUCACGAGAAAUUAAAUAAACUUCGGGAACGAAGAAAUGAAAUUAUCACUAAACAAAUGACGACAAAAGGAAAUGUCCAACAAAGAAAAGAACUAUCUGAUAAAUUGGAUGAUUUACAAAUGACAACCGUCUUAUACGAAAGCGAAUUGAGUAACAUGGAAAAAGAACUCAACCCAACGUCGGAGAAAUUGAUUAAGCUUACGCAGGAUUUAAAUAAAAUGAAAAUGGACCACAAAAUGAAAAUUGUUGAGAAAAAGAAAAAAUUGGUUGAAUUCGAUAAAAGAGUUCACGAAAUUACCACUCUUCACCAAGCUAUCGAAGAAUAUAACAAUAAAGGAGGAACUACCAAAUUAGAUAAAACUCGCCAAGAGUUGGCCGAAUUGCAGCUAACAAAAAAUGAAAAUUCUCGUGAACGAGAUCGUAUCGAUAAAGAAAUUCAAUCCAUUAAACAAACACUUCAAGCCGAAGAGCUGAAAAAAAUGGAUUAUGAAAAUAAUCUGCAGUUCAGAAAAAAACAAGAAGAAAUAUCGAAAUUAGAAAACGAAAUUGUCGAAUUGGAAGGCCAAGCUGGUGAAAUAACGCUGCAAUCAUUGAAUCGGCAAAAAACCAAGUUAAAACAGGAGAUAGAUCAGUUGGAAAAAAAAAAAUCGAGUGUAGAAGGUAGGCAGUUCGAACUGAAAAAAACCAUCAAAGAAGCUGAAUACGAACUGAAAGACCUCAAAUAUCAAAACGCUGAACAAAAUUACCGAAAAAGUGUUGUUAAUUUGAAAGUUCUGGGGUUAGCGAUCGAUGAUUUAAGACAAUACGAGAAAGCUAUGGACUGGGCGAUGAUCUAUUUCCACAAAGAACGCAUGAAAACGAUCAAUACUAUGGUACGCGAUUUAUGGAGGCAGAUUUAUCGCGGAAAUGACAUAGACCAGAUAGAAAUCAAAACCGAUGAAGCAAGUCCUACUCCCGGCGGAAGAAGAAGUUACAAUUACCGCGUGGUCCAAAUCAAAGGCGGUCAUGAAUUGGAUAUGCCAGGAAGAUGCAGCGCUGGACAAAAGGUUCUGGCUUGUUUGAUAAUAAGAAUGGCGCUGGCAGAGACCUUCAGUAAGAAUUGUGGUAUUCUAACCUUAGAUGAACCGACUACCAAUCUAGAUCGUGAAAAUAUCGAAAGUUUAAGCAUUGCUUUAUCCGAUAUUGUGUCGAAAAGAAUGUGUCAAAAGAAUUUCCAGCUAAUUAUCAUCACACACGAUGAAGAAUUUUUAAGAAAUUUAACUCGAGUUGAUAGAAUUGAUCAUUAUUUGAAAGUUUACCGUAAUGAUAGGGGUAAAUCCGAAGUGAGAAAAAUAAAACUGUGAUCAAAAAUUCGAUUUUUCAACAGUAUAAGGUUCCUGAAUUUUCUUACCGUUCGUUACUUAUUUUAAUCUUUUACGCUUAAUGUCUUUUAUAUUUGUAACCUUUUAUAUUACCUAUAAAAAUUUGCUAAAUUCUGCA